AAAUCAAUCAACUAACAAAACUUCUACUCAAUAAUAUGGCAGCAUCUAUGCAAGGCAUGCCCGACAUGUCCAAUGCCAUCGUGGCGCAGGAUGAAAUGGGAAGACCGUUUAUUAUUGUCAGAGACCAAGGAACUAAGCAAAGGAAGCACGGUGCCGAAGCCACUAAGUCCCACAUUUUGGCGGCAAGAGCUGUGGCCUCCAUUGUCAAGACGUCUUUAGGUCCAAGAGGGUUGGAUAAAAUCUUGGUGAGUCAAGACGGAGAGAUCACCAUCACCAACGAUGGGGCCACCAUCUUGUCACAGAUGGAUUUGGACAACGAAAUUGCCAAGUUGUUGGUGGAAUUGUCCAAGUCUCAGGACGACGAAAUCGGGGAUGGAACUACUGGGGUGGUUGUUUUGGCCAGUGCAUUAUUGGACCAGGCUGCUGAAUUGAUAGACAAGGGAAUCCAUCCUAUUAAGGUUGCCAACGGGUUCGAUGAAGCAUGUAAAAUUGCUGUGGCAGAAUUGGAAAGAACGGCCGAUUCGAUUGAUGUUAGUGCUGAGGCAACCGAUUCCAAUUUAUUGAAGGCCGCUAAGACCUCAUUGGGAUCCAAGAUUGUGUCCAAGUCGCAUGAUAAAUUUGCCAAGAUGGCAGUUGAAGCUGUAUUAUCGGUAGCCGACUUUGAGCGUAAAGAUGUUGACUUUGAAUUGAUUAAGAUGGAAAAAAAGGUCGGAGGUGCUAUUGAAGAUUCUUCCUUGAUAAAAGGAGUAUUGUUGGACAAGGACUUCUCGCAUCCUCAAAUGCCCAAACAUAUCGAGGACUGUAAGAUUGCCAUCUUAACAUGUCCAUUUGAGCCUCCAAAACCAAAAACUAAACACAAAUUGGACAUUUCUUCAGUGGAAGAAUUCAAAGUUUUGCAGGAAUACGAACAAAAGAAGUUUCAAGAAAUGAUCGACUAUGUGAAGAACGCUGGGGCUAAUGUGGUAGCCUGUCAAUGGGGUUUUGAUGAUGAAGCAAAUCAUUUAUUGUUGGCAAAUGGGCUCAAUGCCAUCAGAUGGAUUGGAGGCUCUGAAUUGGAAUUAUUAGCAAUCGCUACCAAUGGACGUAUUGUACCCCGGUUCGAAGAUUUGUCACCAGAGAAGCUUGGUCAUGCUGGAACGAUCAGAGAAAUCGAGUUUGGUACUACCAGAGACAGAAUGUUGGUGAUAGAAGAUUGUUCUAACACCAAGGCUGUUACCUGCUUCAUCCGUGGGUCCAACGAGAUGAUAUGUGCCGAAGGUAUACGGGCCUUGCACGACUCUGUUUGUGUGGUGAGAAACUUGAUCAGAGACAACAGAGUCGUCUACGGAGGUGGAGCUGCUGAAUUAUCGUGUUCUUUGGCAGUCAGUGAUGCUGCCAAUCAAAGAAAGGGAAUUGAUCAAUAUGCGUUCAGAGCCUUUGCCAAUGCCUUGGAUGUGAUUCCCUCAACCUUAGCAGAAAAUUCGGGAUUGGAUCCUAUAGAAGUGUUGUCUACGUUAAAAUCCAAACAAGCCCUUGAAAAGUCAUGCCGGUUGGGUGUUGACUGCUUAGGAAAGGGCACCAACGACAUGAAGGAAUUAUUUGUGAUUGACCCAUUGAUUGGAAAGAAACAACAGCUUUUGCUUGCUACCCAGUUAUCUCGGAUGAUUCUUAAGAUCAAUGAUGUCAUCAUCAGUGGUAAGGAUAUGUAUUAGUCUAUAGUAUAUAAUGCCCGCCCGCACACGACCUACUAAAUCAAUGUACACACAGCUCAACUCG